ACGUAUCGCCCUAACUAUGGCCGCAAUGUGGAAUAUAUGAUAAUACUUAGCCGGUAUUUCAUACGUUCCUGUAUCAGCGUGGUAUCAGCUAACAGUAGUUAAUCAUUUAAUUAUAACCAAGCUUGUGAAUAUCAAACAUGGGCCAGCACGUUUCUAGGUCAGAUUUUGAGUGGAUUUAUACGGAAGAGCCUCACGCCAGUCGACGAAAAAUAAUUUUAGAGAAAUAUCCACAGAUAAAGAAAUUGUUUGGUUACGAUCCAAACUUCAAAUGGGUAGUAACAGCAAUGGUUUUGGUACAAUUUCUAUCUAUGUUUAUAGUUAAGGAUUUGAACUAUCCUUUACUUCUAUUAUUGGCAUACUGUAUUGGUGGUGUUAUUAACCAUUCUCUUAUGCUGGCUAUACAUGAGAUAUCGCACAAUCUUGCUUUUGGUCACUCAAGACCUAUGGCAAAUAGGGUCUUUGGAAUGUUUGCAAAUUUACCAAUUGGUAUUCCGAUAUCAAUUAGUUUCAAGAAGUAUCAUCUUGAACAUCACAGAUAUCAAGGGGACGAAAAGUUAGAUACAGAUUUACCAACUUUACUGGAAGCUAAGUUAUUUUGUACUACAUUUGGAAAGUUUUGCUGGGUGUGUUUGCAACCAUUUUUUUAUGCUUUUCGACCUCUAGUCACAUACCCAAAAGUGCCAACGACACUAGAGUAUAUAAACUUAGGCAUCCAAUUACUAUUUGAUGCUGUUGUAUGGUAUUUUCUUGGUGGAAAAGUAUUAGUCUAUUUAAUUGUUGGCUCUGUAAUGGCAAUGGGCUUGCAUCCAGUCGCAGGACAUUUUAUUUCUGAACAUUAUAUGUACAAAAAAGGUUAUGAGACAUACAGCUAUUAUGGACCGUUAAAUUUCAUUACAUUCAAUGUGGGAUAUCAUAACGAGCACCAUGACUUCCCUGCUGUACCAGGUUCCAGGUUACCGGAAGUAAAGCGAAUAGCUUCUGAAUUUUACGAUGAUUUACCACAACAUAAUUCUUGGGUAUCCGUUCUGUAUGAUUUCGUAAUGGAUCCCGAUAUUGGACCUUAUGCACGAAUUAAAAGGAAGCACAGAGGCCUAUCUUCUUAAAGCUAUUAUUAGAGACGCUUGUAUAGUUGUAUAAGUAUAAUCAAAACGGUGAUGUUUUGUACCUAAUUGUUAUGAACGCUGAGAAAUGAGAUUCUACCGUAUGCGGUAUUUAUCCUAUUCUGUUACCGUCUUCUACCAAAAAUCUAUUUUCCCAUUGAAGAUCCUGUAUUAUAUUCAGGAACAAUGUAUUUGCGAUAUUUCAUGACUAGGUUGCAGAAUUAAGUUUACAAACUUCCAGUAUGAAUAAAAUUUAACAUGUCACAACGAUGUUCUGUCAAAAUUGUUACUGGACAUUCUACAUAUUUUUCUAAGCAAUGAUUACAAAUCUGUUAAAAAUAUAAUUAUUAUAGGUGUGUUUUCUUUUACAUAUUUUGAAGCACAUUGAUCUGGCUUUAUAAAAUUGCAUUGCACUGUGAUGUCUAGUAGUAGUAAUAAUAUUUUGAAACUUCUUUAGAAAUAUUGUAUUUUGUGAGUUGUCAAGGGAAAUCUGUUGAUGGUUAAUUUCUGGAGUGAGAAUGGCCAUAAAUAUGUAGUGUAAUAACUGCAACAAGUAUUAUGUGACUCCUGUAGAGUAAAUUAUUUGACAAAAUGUGUGUUCAAGAAUUUGCCAUUCAGUUACAGGUUCUAGUCAGUUUGAGAACAUCUCGUUUGUUAAUUCAAUGCGAUAUUAUGCAGUCUCAACAAGAUUUUUCGGACAUACAAUGUUGUUUCAAAGAACCUGUCAUAUUGCUCUUCACUGUACAUUAUACUCUUCUAGAAUAUUAUAUGAUGUAUGUUAAUUAUUAAUAAAUCGACAAGUACGAA